GCUGCUCAGUCCCCUUCCCCCCACCACAGCACAACACAGCACAGCACACGACUUCCCCUCCUCUCCCCCUCCCUCUUUCUCAUACUUUGAUUUGCUCUUGUAACGAACACGCACGCUCAUGUCAGCCACGAGCAUCAAAAACUACUACGGCAAGGGCACAGUGCAGGUGCCCGCCGAGGACGGGCAGACCGUCUACCGCCUCGCGAUCGCCGCCGACAAGCUCGUGACCCAGCCGCUCGCGGGGAUCGACGUCAUCCCGGACAUCGUCGCGUACGCCGCGCGCACGCACGGCACGAAGGACGCCGUCGGGUGGCGCGACGUGCUCGACAUCCACGAGGAGGCCAAGGAGGUGAAGAAGGUCGUCGGCGGGAAGGAGGUCACGGAGACGAAGAAGUGGAAGUACUUUGAGCUGAGCGAGUACAGGUAUCAUACGUUUGUCGACUUUCAGAGCCGCGUGAGCGAGCUGGCGCGGGGGCUGGUGAAGCAUGGGAUGACGCGGGAGGACGUGUUCAAUGUGUAUUCGCAGACGAGCGCGAACUGGCAGCUCGUGUCCCACGCCUGCACGUCCAUCUCGACGGCCGUCGCGACAGCGUACGACACCCUCGGCGAAGCCGGCCUCACGCACUCGCUCAACGAGCCGCACUGCGCCGGCGUGUUCACCAAUGCCGAGCUGCUCCCCACGCUCGCCAAGGUCCUGCCCAACACACCCGCGGUCCGCCUCGUCGUGUACGACGGCGACGCCAAGCCUGCGCUGCUCGAGCAGCUGCGCGCCGCGCGCGAGGGCGUCGUCGUCCUCAGCAUCGAAGAGCUGCGCGAGGCCGGGGCCGGCGAGCCCGCGGAGGCGCUCGCGGAGCGCCGGCCGAAGCCGGAGGACGUCGCGCUGAUCAUGUACACGUCCGGGUCGACGGGCGCGCCCAAGGGCGUCGUGCUGACGCACGCAAACAUCGUCGCUGCCGUCGGCGCGGUGUACGUGCUGCUCGGGCACCAUCUGCGGCCGGAGGACACGUUCCUCGCGUACCUGCCGCUCGCGCACAUCCUCGAGUACAUCGUCGAGCUGUCGCUGUUCUUCGUGGGGAUGAAGACGGGGUACGGGCGCGUGAAGACGCUGACGGACGCGAGCGUGCGGCGGUGCAAGGGGGAUAUUGUGACGUUCAAGCCGUCGAUCAUGGUCGGCGUGCCCGCGGUGUGGGAGCUCAUCCGCAAGGGCAUUCUGGGCAAGGUGAACAGCGGCGGGUCGAUCCGCAAGAGCGUGUUCAACGGCGCGCUCGCGGCGAAGAAGAGCAACUUUCCGGUGCUCAGUCAGGUCGCGGACGCGGCGGUGCUGAGCAAUGUGCGCGCGGCGACGGGCGGGAAUCUGCGGAUCGCGCUGAGCGGAGGGGCGGCGCUGAGCAGGGAGACGCAGGAGUUUUUGAGCGUCGCGCUUGUUAUGAUGCUGCAGGGCUACGGCAUGACCGAGUCGUGCGGCAUGUGCGCCGUCCUCCCCCCCGAACUGAUGCAAUACGGCUCCGUCGGGCUGCCGAUGCCGUCCACGGAGAUCAAGCUCGCGGACGUGCCCGAGGCGGGAUAUCUGUCGAGCAACAGCCCGCCGCAGGGCGAGGUGUGCAUCCGCGGGCCGUCGGUCACGAAGGGGUACUAUAAGCGGGACGAUCUGAACGAUGACGAGAGCAUUUUUACCAAGGACGGGUGGCUCCGCACGGGCGAUGUGGGGCAGUUUAAUGCGGAUGGGACGUUGACGCUUAUUGACCGGAUCAAGAACCUGGUCAAGUUACAGGGUGGCGAGUACAUCGCGCUGGAGUCGCUGGAGUCGACGUACAAGUCGUCGAACCUCGUCUCGAACAUCUGCCUGUACGCGACCGCGGACGCGAAGCAGCCGAUCGCGAUUGUGUUCCCGCACGAGUCGAACCUGCGGCAGACGCUCAAGGACGGCAAGGCGAUCGCGGGUGCGGACGCGGGCGCGGACGAGCUGCAGACGCUGUGUGCGCAUGCGGGCGUGAAGGAGCUUGUGCUGAAGGAUCUGAACGCGGUGGGGAAGAAGAACGGGUUCAGGCCGAUGGAGAUGCUGCAGGCGGUGGUGCUGACGGAGGUGGAGUGGACGGCGGAGAACGGGCUUGUUACUGCUGCGCAGAAGAUUCAGCGGUCGAAGAUUAGCAAGAAGUAUGAGGGGGAGAUUAAGGAGGCGUACAAGGGUCAGUAGAUGGGUAUCGAUGGGCGGGGCGAAUGAAGAGUCCGCGGAUAUGCGUGUAAUGACAAGGUUAUGAUUUCUUGUAGAGGAUUGUAGUGUAUAUACCAGCGUAUUCGACGAGUG